GCAGCGUCGCAUUACGUUAGCUUUGUGAUUCUGCUUGGUGUGUGGACCGAACGGAAUCGCUUUUGGGGUUUCUGCUAUGGGAAAUUCCGACAGCAAACCAACCGUAUUGAAAUGCAUGCUUCAGAAUUUUCAGAAGUAUAAGGGCGACUACGGAGUGAAGAUGACAAAGCGAAAGCUUAGCACGCUGUGAUUUAUUUGCCUUCGAAUGGGAGGAUCCUGAGGGGGAACACAAAUGCCAGCUGACGUGGACAAGAUUACCACAAGGAUUAAAGAACUCACCCACCAUCUUUGGGGAGGCACUGUCAAAGGACCUGGUACCCUUUGGUGAAAAUAACCCCAAUGUCUCCCUUCUACAAUAUGUGGAUGACUUGUUGCUAGCUGCAGAAACUCAGGAGGCGUGUGAGGAUGGGACAAAGAGGCUGUUAGAACUACUACAGGACAAGGGAUAUCGAGUCUCUAAGAAGAAAGCUCAGGUAUGUGUUCAAACUGUAAAGUUCCUGGGGUUCACAUUGAAAGGGGGAACCCGUUCCCUCUCAGCCUCUCGGACCCAGGCUAUCCAGGGGCUGAAGGAACCAAGGAACCGAAAAGAGUUGAGAGAAUUCUUGGGAACAGUGGGGUACUGCCGUCUAUGGGUGCCAAACUUUGCUACUGUUGCCAAACCCCUAUAUGAAGCUUUGAAAGGGGGAAAUAACCUCCCCUUGGACUGGAACUCAGAACGGAAAAAGGCAUUUGAUGACUUAAAGAGGGAGCUGCUGAGUGCCCCUGCUUUGGCUUUGCCAGACAUUACAAAGCCCUUUCAGUUGUUCAUACACGAGAGGGAAGGGAUUGCAAGGGGAGUUCUGGCUCAGACUUUAGGGCCGUGAAGGCACCCAGUGGCAUAUUUGUCGAAAAGACUGGACUAUGUGGCAGUCGGAUGGCCAGCCUGUUUGCGAGCUGUUGCAGCUGCUGCUGUCCUGGUAAAGGAAGCUGAUAAAUUAACCUUGGGACAGAAGUUGAGUGUGUUUGUGCCCCAUGCAGUGGAGACUCUGCUUCGUGGCCCUGGAGGGAAGUGGCUUUCUGGUACCAGGCUGGCCCAGUACCAGGGGGCACUCCUCGAGGACUCUCGUCUAACUCUUAAGACUAUACAGGCUAUUAAUCCUGCCUCCCUCUUGCCGGUCUCCCUGGAAGCACCAGAACAUGACUGUGUAGAAACCAUUGAGACUAUAUACUCUGUGAGACCAGACCUGCAGGACACUCCCCUUCCGAACCCUGAUCUCACUCUGUUUGCGGAUGGAAGCAGUAUGGUGAUAGAUGGAAUUCGGAGGGCAGGAGCGGCUGUUGUGACAAUGGAACAAACUGUCCGGUCAGGGGCUCUACCCCCAGGGACAUCAGCCCAGAAAGCUGAGUUGGUAGCACUCACUUGGGCCUUGGAACUAGGGAAAGACAGAUGACUGAAUGUGUUCACAGAUUCCUGAUAUGCAUUUGCCACUUUACAUGUUCAUGGUGCUAUUUACCGGGAGAGAGGCCUCCUGACUGGGGGGGGGGGGGGAUAUUAAAAACUCGUCAGAAAUUUUAAACUUGUUGCAGGCUGUAUGGUGGCCCACUCAGGUGGUGGUAGUACACUGCCCUGGGGAUCAAAAAGGCAAUACGAUGGAAGUGAGAGGUAAUAGAGCCGCCGACCUGGCAGCAAAGCGGGCUGCUAUGGGAGAUUUGUUGCCUGAGGCACAAAUCUUGGUGGUGCCACUCCUACAACCGCCCAAGUAUUCCAAUGCUGAGCUAGCUUGGGCCAAAUCAGAGGGAGCAAUAGAAAAGAAUGGGUGGCAGGUACUGCCUGGAGAGAAGGUGUUCCUGCCGGAGCACUUGGGACAUUUCGUAAUUCAAGAAUUACACAGUAAAACUCAUUUAGGCAAGACAGCCAUGGCAGAAUUGCUUGCUCAUUAUUUUUACAUAUCCAGACUCUGGACUCUGUGCGCUGCUGUGGCCAGCAAAUGUGUGACUUGUGCUAACAACAACCCAGUUUCUCACCCACAGCGUGAACCAGGUCUCCGGCGACAAGGAACUCUUCCCUUUGAAGACAUUGAAGUGGAUUUCACUGAGAUAAAAAUCCACUGUCGGCAACAGGAAGUAUUUGCUGGUGCUCAUUUGCACCUAUUCAGGUUGGGUAGAGGCUAUGCCGACAAAGACUGAAACCUCCAGAGAAGUGGUGAAGGCAUUGAUGGAGUUAAUCAUUCCCCGGUAUGGGCUCCCCAUGACCGUAUGUUCAGAUAAUGGGCCUGCUUUUGUGGGUAGAGUAGUUCAGAGCCUCUCUGCAGCCUUAAGCCUAAAGUGGAAGCUACACACUGCCUAUAGUCCUCAGAGUUCGGGGCAAGUAGAACGACAGAAUCGCACCCUAAAGAACACUCUGUCUAAGCUGUGUCAAGAAACGGGUGCAAAUUGGGUGACUAUGCUUCCUAUGGCUUUGCUGCGGUCGCAUUGUACUCCAUACCGGGAUGGGCUCACACCUUUUGAAAUCAUUUUUGGAAGGCCGCCCCCCUUGGUGCCCAUACCGUGGGGACUACAGGAAAUUGGUGCUUUAAGCUUACAACAACAGUUACAGGCGCUACAAAAGACUUUAAAGGGGCUCCAGCGGACUGUGUUAGAGCGACACCCAUUUCCUCUUCACAGUCCUAGGCACGCCUACGAGCCUGGCGAUCGGGUGCUUAUUAAAAGCUGGAAAGAAGAGCCCCUCAGAGAAAAGGGGGCGGGGCCAUAUGUCGUAGUCAUGACCUCACCAUGCGCCUUAAAAGUUGCAGGUUACACGCCGUGGGUCCAUCACACACACGUGAAAAGAUGGACUGCUGAGCCCUCGCCCGCUCCGUCACCUCCCAGCGCCUGCGUACCCCGGCGUUCUGAACGGCUCAAGAAGAAAACAGAUCCCGCUCAGCCGCGGCAAUGAACCAGCUAAUUUGGACGGCGCUGAUUCUUUCGGCAGCUGCAAUGGAAAGGACAGCAAGAGCCUCCGGCACGGCGGGCGGAGGAGAGCACCUCUGCAACUACACUCUCGAGCGCCCCCGAAUGGACUCUAUUGGACUUAGUCAGACUGUACUUAGUUCCCUACGCCUCCCCUGUGCCCAACAAACUGUGGUGUUUGUAGUUCCAGUGUGCAAAUUGUGGAACCCGCACUUCUGGAAGGGAAAAGCCGACCCAGCCAAAUUUCCCUUCCCUGCUUGCGAGGUACAGAAGCAAGGAAUUGGCCAGUAUGUGCAUUUCUCUGACGACACUAACCCUGAUUUAACCCUAGUCAAGGCUGGAAUGUACAUAUGUCCAAAGGUGACAGGGGCGAUUGUGGUAAGGAGAGGGAGGCGUAUUGCCAGCGCCGAGGUUGUGAGACUAUCGGCCUCUGGGGGGGAGCCUUCGAUACUCCCGGGCAUGGGACCAUAGGAGACUCUUGGAUACAAAGUGAUGACUACAUUCAGGUGUACAGGGAAAAGCGGGCUGGGUGCCGCACUGGAUACUCGGAGGGGUUUUGCUUACAAGUCCGGAUAGUCUUUUAAAAAUCCAUGAACCAGUGUGGUCCACCGGGCUCACUUGGGGUGUACGUAUGCUCCUUAAUCGGGUCUCUGGGUAUGACCCAGGCAUAAUUUUCCAAAUCACCCCGGUGGAGGUGACCUCUCGGAGACCUGUGGCCCUGUUUCCAGCAUUGUCCCGGGAGCUACACCGGGUCCGAGACACUAGCCCCAUAAUUAUCCCAGGAGAAAAACCCCCAAGACACCCUCCCGGUCCCAGAGACCCAGAAAACUGAACCCACAAUACAGCAGGCUCAAAGGGCUGACCCAGCAGGUAUGGGUAUGCUGGGUGCCAAGUCAGAAAUUUAUCAAGUACUUAGUGAAACCCAUCACUUGUUAAACCUGUAUAACCCUGAAUUAGUUAAAACCUGUUGGCUGUGUGUUCGGUCUACCCCACCAUUUUAUGAGGCGGUGGCCGCCCCAAACUCUGUGACACCCAGCUCACCCAUGUGCUCCACGGAGGAGGAGGAACCUCUGUCCCUCUCUAUGGUAGAGACAGUGUAUGGGAGAGGUUUCUGUGUCGGGCAGGGGAAAAACCCAGUCCUCUGCAGUCGCUCCGUUCCACAAAACCUCACUUACCGAGCCCCUCAGGGGCUAUGGUUUUUCUGCAUGAAUGGGCUAUUCAAAUGUUUAGAUCACAAACAAAGGCUGACAGGAGCCAGGCCCUGUUUGUUAACUAUGCUAAUUCCCAGGGUGCAGAUUAUACAAGGGAACCUACAGGACUGCUUUCUGUUCUCAGAGGUAAUUACCCAAGAAGGACGGGGUCGUGCCAGAAGAGCAACUCCUGUUUUGGUGCCCAUUUUGGCUGGAAUGACCAUAGCUGGGAGUCUGGCCACUGGGAUAGGAGCCCUGGCACAUUCAGAGAGAGGCCUGCAGAGACUCUAUGGGAUAACCAACAACAUAGAGCGCAAUGUAGUUGGGGUUCGAAGUGUGAUGAAACAAUUACACAGUCAGAUAAACUCCCUAGCAGAGGUAGUGCUGCAAAAUAGAAGGGGGCUUAACUUACUGUUUUUAGAACAAGGAGGGCUUUGCGCAGCCCUUGGUGAAGAGUGCUGUUUUUAUGCCAAUAACUCAGGAGUUAUCAUGGAGA